UUUCCGUUCUAAACAAUUACGGUCACGGGGUGCAUCGUUCGCGGUCGGUUACGAGGUGAUUUUGAUUUAAGGAGUAGAGAAAUCGUUGCGAAUAUUUUCUUUAGAUUUAAUAAAAAAAAAAAAAGAUUACUUCUAUAAUUUAGUCGUUGAUAAGGAUAAGAGAGAAAAAUAAAAAAAAAGGGGAAAAAAAAAGAAGAAAAAGAAAAAUAAGUAACGUAGAAGGAGAAGUUUUAUCGUAUUACGUUAUCGGAGUUAAAACUACGUUUUCUUUUCACGUAAGCUGAUGUCUUUCGUCAGCUCGUAUGAUAGCAUCCUAGUGGCGAAAUAAAAAAGCAACGACCGUACGGGAGGUAGCUGGCCAUCUUGGAAAACAGAUAUGGUUGUAUCGAGAGAAACGUCAACAGAAUUGUGUUUACUUCGUACGAUACAUGCCGCGAGAGGUGUCUUAGUUUAAUUACAUUUAUAAUAGACUUAGCUUAAUCGCACGGAAGUGAGACCGACACGGUGGCGUAUCUGACACGCGGACGUUAUCGCAAAAGGUGCGUAAUUUUGCUUCCGAAGGAUGAAUCGAGGUGACGGAUUGGUGCAGAGAAGACGAGUGGUUAACAGUAGCAGCAGCAGCAGUGGAUUCGGCCAGGAUGGUUCCAAUGAACUUGGUCAUAAUGACAAGUUGUCUGGUAACAGUAUGGACACCGAUUGUUCAUCUCAAAAAGAUUUAAAUUCUAAUCCUACGAUAGACGAUGAUUCUGAUAAAGAAACCAGAUUGACUCUUAUGGAAGAGGUUUUACUCCUUGGUCUUAAGGACAAGGAGGGUUAUACUUCGUUUUGGAACGAUUGCAUAAGCUCAGGCCUACGUGGAUGUAUCUUGGCCGAACUUGGAUUUCGUGGUCGUGUAGAAUUAGAAAAAGCUGGAAUGCGUAAGAAAGGAUUAUUAUCAAGGAAAUUACUCUUAAAGAAUGACGCACCUACUGGAGACGUAUUGCUGGAUGAAGCUUUGAAACAUUUAAAAGAUACAGAUCCUCCAGAGACAGUACCAAGUUGGAUAGAAUAUUUAAGUGGUGAAACGUGGAAUCCUUUGAAGCUACGUUAUCAGUUAAAAAAUGUUAGAGAGAGAUUAGCUAAAAAUCUUGUAGAAAAGGGUGUAUUAACUACAGAAAAACAAAACUUCUUACUCUUUGAUAUGACAACUCAUCCUCUUACUGAUAACCUUGCCAAAAGUCGUCUUGUUAAAAAGAUUCAGGAGGCUGUGUUAGGUCGUUGGGUAAAUGAUGCAGGUCGUAUGGAUAGGCGGACGUUAGCAUUAGUGAUCCUAGCCCAUGCGGCUGAUGUAUUAGAGAAUGCAUUUGCACCUCUUUGCGAUGACGAUUACGAAGUAGCAAUGCGCCGAGUUCGAACUUUAUUGGAUCUAGAUUUUGAAGCUGAAGCUGCUAAACCUAAUGCCAAUCCUGUAUUAUGGGCUGUAUUUGCCGCAUUCACUAAGUAACACAGUUUUCAUAAAUUAAAAGUGUAACUUAUGAACGUUGGAUAAUAGUGUGAACAGUGGGAUUACCAAUUUUGCAUGUAUUUCAGUUGUAUACUUAAAAGAAAUAGUUACAAGAUCAUUGUUACGAUCAUAUGAUUCAGACCAAAUAACAUAUAGUUGACUGCAUGAAAAGCAGCGUUAGGAUAUAUUAAUCAUUUUCAUUAUUAUUUAAUAUCUUUGAUAACUGAACUGUAUAUAAGUUCAGAUUGGUGACAUCGUAAAGUAACGAAAUUCCGUGUGUGAAUGUGCACUUCGAGUGUGAUUUAGUGCCAUGUAGGGUUUGAUAAAAAAAAUUCUCAUCGUACAGAAUUUUAUGAAAUAUUUAUUAUCUGCAUCUGUAUAGAAUCCUUCACGUAUAUUUAUAGAUACAGCCUUAUACGGUAAACUGUAUCUCUCAUGUUAUUUGCUACAUCAUUGAUGACUGUUGCUUAAAAAUAAAAGACAAUAUAAGAGGCAGUAUAGCAAAUUGGAAAUAUUAUAACAUUAUGUUCUAAUCGCUAGUGCCCCUCCCUACGGGCGUCUAUAUUGCAUUUGGAUAUAUCUUAUAAUGACAUUCUUUUCAAAUUGAAGCACAGAUUGAUAAGAUUCACUGGGUGGCAGUAAAGCAAUUAAUUUUUUACUUGUAUGACCUGCAUUAUAGAAUUUUAUAAAAAAUAUUCCUUUCGAUGCUUUAAAUAUUUUAUAUAUUUCGCAUUAUCAAUAAUUUUUUUGUAAUAUAUUUAAUGGAAUACUUCCUUUAUAUUUGAAUUUUAUAGAGAAAGCACAAAUACAUAAACAUUGAUCUAUUUACUUUCAUGAAAAAUAUAAAUGCUAAUAAUUGCAAUAUUAAUAUUAUCAUUCUUAGAGAUAAUAAUUAUUAACAAAUAUUGACAUAUAUAUUGCUCCUUUUAGCUGUAGAAAAAAAUUUCAUUAUGAUGCUUAUAUAUAUAUAUAAAAAAAAAAUAACAUUAUAUAAAAUUAUUAAACAUGGGCUUUAUUGGUUAAACUAAUAAUUUCAAAAUAAGACAUGAUUUAGUUACCUAUAUAUCUAUCAAGAAUAUACAAGGCAUUCGAUUUAUACGUUUCGUACAUUUUAAAUUAUUAUUAAGUUAAUUGUUGCUAUUUGAGUAUUAAUUUUAAUAAGUAUUUAGUAAAAUUGUAAUAUUAUUGUCAUAUAGUUUUCUUUUUCUUUUUCUUUUUUUUUUAAUGCAGGUUGAAAAAAAUUACACAAGUAUUUUAGUAAUCAUACUUAUUUUUAUGUAUUUUUAAAUGUAGUUAAGUCUUUUUUGUCUUCAUUAGAUUAUAAUAUUUUAUUACAUAGCUGUCCAUUUGACAGAAUGCAGAUAUCUAUUAUAAUUUAAUGUAAUAUAAUAUUCUGCCUAUAUAUAUUUUAAAUGGUAGUAGCUUGCUGGUCAAGCAGAUGUAACAGGUAUUAGCUGGACAAGGCAUUUAUUUUUGUUACAUUGUUACUAGUGGAUUUCUUUGCUUGUGACACUUCUAUAAAUUAUAGGUAGUUCUUUUUUCUUUUGAAAUAACGUUCUUUUCAAUAUUAAUGCUAAAGUAAAAUGAUUUAGAUUAAUAUA